AUGGCGGAAGCUGAGCGCAACCCAUUCCGCAUGCCCACGGACGCGGAGGUCUUUGCGCUACGAGAGGAGGAGGCCUCGCUCAAGCUCAAGACCCGUCUCGUGCAGCGCGCCGUGCAACUCAACGGCGCCCGGUGUCACCCGUUCACUCGCAAGCAGGCGCGACGCGCAGAGGCGGCAGCGCGCGAGGCGGCCAGCGCGAAGCCGACGCUCCACCUCGCGGCAGCUGCGCCUCGCGAGCGGAGGCAAGACAAGGAGAACAUGGCCGAGUUUCUUGCCAAGAAGCGCGAGAUGUUCCUCGAGCGGGCACGGCAGAGAGAGGAAGCUCUCAAGAAGUCAGAGUCGCUGCUAGAGGAAGACGCGCUACGCUUCGACCAGUUCCUCAAGGACAACGACGCAAAGGCGGUGGCGGCCAUCAAAAAGGCGGAGGCGGAGACCAAGGCCAAGACAGACAAGAUGAUCGAGAUCAGGCACCUGAACGGGGAGAUUGCGCAGGUCAAGUCGGACACAUCGAAGCUCGAGGAGCAGCUCGAGGACUGCAAGAGGUACAAGGCGUUUCUGGACAAGCUGACGCCGACGGAGUGGUUUGAGGAGCAGCAAGAGGCGCAGCGUCAGCGCAGAGAGGACGCGUGGGCGGCCAAGGAGGAGGCACGGAGAGUGAUGUGCUAUGAGCGGGCCGCGGUGGACGCCGCCCAGCAGAUCGACAGGGAGCGGGAGGAGGAGGAGGAGCUAAUGUACUUUCAGGAGCCCCAGCAGCUGCUCGACCGCUUCACUGCGCUCGAAGAGUCCAACCUCUUCCUGAUCCAAAACUCGCAGGAGACGGAGGAGGCGCUCGAGGAGCUCAAGGUGAAGCUGCAAGUCGCGCAGGCCAAGAUGGUGGACGACGCGGCUGGCCUACAGGGCCAGAUCGACAGCUUGGCGGGCCAAGUGGCGGCGGAGGAGGAGAAGCGACGCGGCCUCGCCGAGAGGAGCGGCGCCGGCGGGGGCACGCAGGAGCAAACCUUGCACGAGCUCAACCAAAAGGUGGCGGAGGUGUACAAGGCCAUCUUCUCCGAGAGCGACAACUCGCUCGGGACGCUGCAGAUGCUGACCAACAUCGAGUCGCGCCUGGAGGAGCUGCUCGCGGCCAUCGACACGAUGCCGCAAGAUGAGGUGGAGGCGGCGCAGCGCCAAAAGGAGAAGGAGCGACGGGAGAGGGUGCGCAAGGUGAAGCAGGCGGAGGCGGCCAAGGCUGCGGAGGAGCGCAUCCAGCGGGCCAUCCGGCGCUCGCAGGAGCCGGUUGCGCGGCGCACGGGCAAGCCAAUCAUGUUCAGGUCGUACUUACCGCAGAGCAAGCCGAAGGAGGCUGUGGCGGAGAAGCUUGAGACGGGGCCGGAGAAACUUGAGACCGACCUCGAUUUCUACUUGAACUUGCCGUGA